AUGAAAUCCCUUUUGAUCUCACUGUGAUCUUAGCGUGAAUAAAGAGGUGUUCUCUGAUUCACAACCAGACAGAGCAGAAUAGAUUUACACACAGAAUGGCGAGAACCUUCCUACAAGCUCUACUGCUCUAUGGAUUGAGUUUGGUCUCUGUGUUGGUUUCUCAGUGUCAGACUAUGGAGGUCCGUACUGGGGAUACCAUCACCUUGCAGUGCUCCAAUGUUACAACGGCUGUGGGACACACAGCAUGGUUCAAGCAAGUCAACGGAUCAGAGCCUGUGUGCAUCUCGUCUAUGUACGGCUUUAACUCAACACCUGAUCUCCACAAUAGUUUUCAAAGGAGCCAUUUGGAAAUGUUCAGCAACAACACCACUGUCUUUCUCACAAUUACAAAUGUGGAAAUAGGUGACUGUGGUCUGUAUUUCUGUGGAUUGUUUCCAUAUAGCCACAUGUUCUUUGUCAACGCAACAUAUCUAAAGAUUCAAGGACACUGUAAUGGAACUAGCAGUCUAGUAGGAGAGGAUGAUGACAUAUACCAAGGAGAGGAUGAUGACAUAUACCUAGGAGAGGAUGAUGGAACCAUGUACCUCCUUCCCCUGGUUGUGAUCCUGGGUGUUGUGACUGCUGUUCUACUGAUAGUCAUCCUCAUCCUGGUCCUCAAGAUCAGACGAGACGCAAACAGACACAACACAGGACCUGAUCCUCAAAGACAACAACACAAUGAUCAGAAACAAGAUCCAGAUACAUUGAAUUAUGCCGCUCUGAAUUUCACCUCCAAGAAGAGGAUGAUGGAGAGGAGAAGAGAGAGGAGCUGGACACCCAUGUAGUGUAUGCUGCUACAAGAUGAUAAAGUGGAGGAGGAUGGAAGAGGAAAAUGAAUUGUCCAUAUCUUUGAAUACAUUGAUUUCCCAUAUGCUUGAAUACAAGAUUAAAUAUC